UGAACGCACCACUCGGGUUCUCCGCCCGAUGACCGUGAACGCACCACUCCGGUUCUCCAUCUUUCUCCAGGCAAAGGACCAAACUCCGCAGGGAUACACUCCCGUUUACACAAACUCAACCAGACUUAAAGGACCACAGUCAUGACGGACUCCAAAUACUUCACAACAAACAAGAAAGGGGAGAUCUUUGAGCUGAAGGCAGAGCUGAACAAUGAGAAGAAGGAGAAGAGAAAGGAAGCUGUAAAGAAGGUCAUCGCAGCCAUGACUGUUGGCAAGGAUGUCAGUUCCUUGUUUCCAGAUGUGGUCAACUGCAUGCAGACGGACAACUUGGAGCUGAAGAAGUUGGUCUACCUCUACUUGAUGAACUACGCCAAGAGCCAGCCUGACAUGGCCAUCAUGGCUGUGAACAGUUUUGUCAAGGAUUGUGAAGACCCCAACCCUCUGAUCCGGGCUCUGGCUGUCCGCACCAUGGGCUGCAUCCGAGUGGAUAAGAUCACAGAAUACCUGUGUGAGCCGCUGAGGAAGUGCCUGAAGGAUGAGGACCCAUACGUGAGGAAGACGGCAGCGGUUUGUGUGGCUAAACUUCAUGACAUCAAUGCCCAGAUGGUGGAGGAUCAGGGCUUCCUGGACUCUCUGAGAGAUCUAAUCGCCGACUCAAAUCCCAUGGUUGUGGCCAAUGCAGUUGCUGCCCUGUCAGAGAUCAGUGAGUCCCACCCCAACAGCAAUCUGCUGGACCUGAAUCCUCAGAACAUAAACAAGCUGCUGACGGCCCUCAACGAGUGCACGGAGUGGGGACAGAUCUUCAUCCUGGACUGCCUGUCCAACUACAACCCCAAGGAUGAACGUGAAGCUCAGAGCAUCUGUGAGCGUGUCACUCCCCGGCUGUCACACGCCAACUCAGCCGUGGUUCUGUCAGCUGUCAAGGUGUUGAUGAAGUUCCUGGAGCUGCUUCCCAAGGACUCGGACUACUACAAUACACUGCUGAAGAAGUUAUCUCCUCCACUGGUGACCUUGCUCUCUGGAGAGCCAGAGGUCCAGUAUGUGGCUCUGAGGAACAUCAACCUCAUCGUUCAGAAGAGGCCUGAGAUCCUGAAGCAGGAAAUAAAGGUGUUCUUCGUUAAGUAUAACGACCCUAUCUACGUCAAACUGGAGAAACUGGAUAUCAUGAUCCGCUUGGCCUCGCAGGCCAACAUUGCCCAGGUUUUGGCUGAAUUGAAGGAAUAUGCAACCGAGGUGGAUGUUGACUUUGUGCGCAAGGCUGUACGAGCUAUUGGACGCUGUGCCAUCAAAGUGGAGCAAUCAGCUGAGCGCUGUGUCAGCACUCUGCUGGACCUGAUCCAGACCAAGGUCAACUACGUGGUUCAGGAGGCUAUAGUGGUCAUCAGGGACAUUUUCCGCAAGUACCCUAACAAGUAUGAAAGCAUCAUUGCCACAUUGUGUGAGAAUCUGGACUCUUUGGACGAGCCUGACGCCCGAGCUGCCAUGAUCUGGAUCGUUGGGGAGUAUGCUGAGCGGAUCGAUAAUGCUGAUGAGUUGCUGGAAAGCUUCCUCGAGGGCUUUCACGAUGAGAGUACCCAGGUUCAGCUCACUCUGUUGACUGCCAUUGUCAAGCUGUUUCUUAAGAAGCCGUCAGAGACUCAAGAGCUCGUGCAGCAGGUCCUUAGCCUGGCCACUCAGGACUCUGACAACCCUGACCUCCGCGACAGAGGCUACAUUUACUGGCGCCUGUUGUCCACUGAUCCUGUGACUGCGAAAGAGGUGGUGUUGUCAGAAAAGCCCCUGAUCUCAGAGGAGACAGAUCUGAUUGAGCCCACCUUACUGGACGAGCUCAUCUGCCACAUCGGCUCCCUGGCGUCAGUCUACCACAAACCACCCAGCGCCUUUGUGGAGGGAAGCCAUGGAAUCCACCGGAAACACCUUCCCGUUCAGCACAGCAGCAUUGAUACAGGUGAAAGCCCAGUGAGUGGUGGUCCAGCUGCUGCCAUGGACCAGCCACAUGUAAUCCCCAGCCAGGGAGACCUGCUGGGGGACCUGCUGAACCUGGACCUGGGCCCCCCGGUUAACGUCCCUCAGGUCUCCUCCAUGCAGAUGGGUGCCGUGGACCUCCUGGGAGGAGGUCUGGACAGUUUGCUGGGGGGAGACCUGGGCGGAGGUGUUGGGGGAAGUCCAGCAGUGGGACAAAAUUUCAUUCCAUCGUCUGUCCCCAGCACUUUUGCACCUUCGCCCACUCCAGCACCUCCGGCCGUCAGCAGUGGCCUCAACGACUUGUUUGAGCUUUCCACAGGCAUGGCCAUCACCACUGGAGGCCACGCAGCCCCUAAAGCCGUCUGGCUUCCUGCAGUCAAAGCGAAGGGACUGGAGAUCUCUGGAACUUACUCUCGCCGCCAAGGCCACAUGUACAUGGACAUGACCUUCACUAAUAAAGCCCUGCAACACAUGACUGACUUUGCUGUCCAGUUCAACAAGAACAGUUUUGGGGUUAUCCCCACCAGUCCUCUGCCAGUUCACACUCCACUGAUGCCCAAUCAGAGUAUUGAUCUCUCUUUGCCUCUUAACACCAUUGGGCCAGUCAUGAAGAUGGACCCUCUCAAUAAUCUCCAGGUGGCUGUCAAGAACAACAUUGAUGUAUUUUACUUCAGUGUACUCAUCCCUCUUAACAUAUUCUUUGUUGAGGAUGGAAAAAUGGAGCGACAGGUUUUCCUUGCUACCUGGAAAGAUAUUCCCAAUGAGAAUGAGCUACAGUACCAGAUAAAGGAGUGCCACCUAAAUGCAGACACUGUGUCAGGGAAGCUCCAGAGUAACAACAUCUACACCAUUGCCAAAAGAAACGUAGAAGGCCAGGACAUGCUCUACCAGUCCCUCAAACUGACCAAUGGGAUCUGGAUCUUGGCUGAACUCCGCAUUCAGCCUGGGAACCCUAAUUACACGUUGUCUCUCAAGUGUCGAGCCCCUGAAGUUUCUCAGUACGUCUACCAGAUGUACGACUCCGUGCUGAAGAACUGAUUUGUUCUGCUUGACGGCAACUUCGCUUCAUCCUGAUGGCAAACUUCAGUGUUUUUUCAUUUUCAGUAUCUACAUACAGUUAACUGCCAGAGCAAGAAAAUCCAACCAAGUAGUAAAUUGGUGAUUAUUAAUCUGAAAUAUUGCCCGUGUUUUCCCUCUGAUGAUUCAGAAGGGUGGACAUUAGUCAGUGCAAAGAUUUUGUGAGUUUGUUGUUCAACACACUUGUGGUAUCCUGCUUUCAGCACUUAAAAGCGUCAUUGAAUCCUUUAGAUCCACUCCCAGUUUAUGUUUACGUCCCAGUAAAAACAUGUCUACCAUUCCAUCCUUAAGUGAGUGUCUUAAUGUUGUGACUGAUGGUAAAGUAAUCUGAAUGAGGAGGGGAAAUAAAUCUCCUCAGUUUCCAUGAUGCCAUUGUUCAUUUUUAUCACGUCCUUCACAUUUCCUCCCUCUUAGAUUUAUUUUUGAUACUGGCUUUGCUUGUGUUGUACUUUUUUUUUUCUUAAACUGGUGCCAAUGCUUUUAUUCUUUUCUCUUUUACUUUUUCAUGUUGUAAGUGUUACAACCAGAAGCUACUGAUGUCUCUUUCUGUUGCCAUGAUUUAAAGAAACAACACCUUUCACAUUCAGUGGAUAGACACAAAGUUUGUGAAGCAUUUAGAUGUCACACAUAGUUUUCCUCCUUUAGUGUAAAACAUUGCAUAACAAUUGUGUAUAUAACAAAAAACAAGGUAAAAAAACAAAAAAUCAAAUAUAAACUGUGGACCAGAAGUAACAAGUAGCAACUCCGCUGCUGUAGAUUCUCAGUAAUCCCCAAAAGCUUAAACUAAAGGCAUCUAAACUUGGUUAUUCAAGGGGAAAAACGGUCAGACUUUCUUUAAUUCAGGCCUUUCCUGUCGGUUUUACAUUCCUCCUUUUUCUUUUCUUUAGAUCUGGCAGAAUAGAGACAUGUAAAGAUUCAUGAUUGCAUUUACACUUCAAUGUUCUUCUGAAAGGACUGUCCCAUUUUUAUCAUCUGAACACCUUAACCAUCAAACACUGUAACUCUUUCUUGUU